UGGUGGUGGUGGUGGUGGUGAUGAUGUUGACGGUGACGCUUCUCGGGCUGUAGAUGGAAACUGGAGUCGUGACGAGCAGAAAAAAAAAGUGCCGCCGAUCAUCCACUCAGCUGAAAAGUCAUGCGGCUUCUGUUCUGCGUGUUGUCUGCGCUGGUUCUGGUUUCGUGCGGGGACGGGAGCGAGUCCACAGUCCCGACCCGACACUCUGUGCAUACCAACGACCGGAACUUUUCACAGCGGGAUCACGUGAAGGAGCAGGAGUCCUCUCAGCCCCGACAGCAACAACAAGUCCUGCUGGGUCCAACUUCAGGUUCUGCCUUUGACCUAAAGGUGCAGGUCGAUGACGCGCUGACUCGUCAGCAGCUGAGCCAGGCAUCGGUGGAGGUCUACGUCAACUAUACCAGGAUCAGCACAGCUCUUACUGGGGAGGACGGCAGCGUCUUGCUUCAUGUGCCUCACCAAACUGGGAUGCAGAUCGCAGUCGUGGCCAGCAAGGACGGCUACAUUUGCACACUGCUGCCUUGUAAAACUGACAGAACGCCAAUAUUUUCAUCUGUCACCAUGUCACUGCUGGGUCGGACUCAGGGGAACAUCUGGCUCUUUGAGGAUUCUGUCCUGAUCACGGGCAAAACAUCUGAUGCCUCGUCGCGGCCCGUCGUCCAGUUUCCUAAGAGCCUGCUGAACCUGACAGACGGCAGUAAUGUCACCUCUGUUAAAGCGUACCUGACCGUUCCCAAGCUGCCGUCAGAGGACGACAACUAUCUGAACACACUGGGCAUCAUGAGCAGAAAAUCAGGAUACGUCAGUGUGGAGUUGAGUCCCGUGGCGGCCGUCAGUGUGCAGCUUUUCUCAGGAGACAUGGAGUUACAUGUGAGUGGACCCGUAGAGAUCAGCCUCAGCCUCCCUGACAGCUCUGGACUCCAGGCUUCCAGCGUUGUUCCAGCCUGGUUCUUCAACCGGACGACCGGUGGGUGGAUGAGAAAAGGUCUGGGGUCGGUGGCGUCAUCGGAAGGAAAACUCGUGUGGACGUUCACAGCUCCUCACCUUGGUUACUGGAUAGCAGCGCCUCUUUCUCCAACCAGACGGUUCUUUGGACUUCACAUCCCCGUCGACUUCGUCUUGCAGCAUUCGUCUCUGCUGAUUGUAAUCCUCGGAGGAAUGCUCGUAAUUGUCACCUGUCUUCUGGUUGUGUUACUGUGUAAUCGCAGUGAAACUCAAAGAAAAAAGAUCCUCCCUGUGAUGAGCAGAGACCAAACCACCUCCACCUGCGAUGAAGACGAGGAAGGAGAAAAGGGGGAAAAUCUGCACGACGUCAUAUCCAACCCCAAUGCUGUGGCCAUUGCGGUGGACUGUAACGACCUGGAGCUCAACGAUCUGAACGGUUUUGACAAAUCGACGCAGCAGAUCAGAGUUCCGGCCUCUCUGACCGACAGCUUGUUUUUCUACAACCAGCCUGUCGCCAUCCUUCACGCUCCGGCGUUCUUCCAUCUGGACGAGCAGCCGGAUGAACCCCAGUGGAGCAGAUCGGCCACUCUUCCUCGCACCGGGGCGACAAACGGCGCCGCCAACGAGAGCAAAGACAGCUUCACCCAGACGGCCCCAAAAGGCUCCUCCGCCAACCAGAGCCAGGCGGAGGAAACUGAGGACCAGCUUGGGGUUUUAGAGGGCUCUCAGGCAGCAGCGUCCACAAAGACAUCCAGGGGUCACUUCAACCUCCCGGAGUCGGCUUCCGUCCCAGGAACUUUAAAUAACAUCCGGGGCGGCAGACACUCUGUGCACACCCUGGCAGAACUUUCUAAAAUCCCGUCACUUCAGCCUCCUCGGGCCUGGUUUGUGUCACUGGAGGGGAAACCUGCGGCGGAGAUCCAUUACGCCGUGUCGGAGCAGCAGAGGAGACGGAGGCCGGUGGAGAGUCGAGAGACGAGCCUGGACUCGGGAGUGGAUAUGAGCGAACUGAACCAGACGCCUGGAAGGAGGGCCGUGACGCUGGAGCGCAACGCCACGUUUGUUAAAAGCUCAUCCGGCAGUAAAGAAGCAGCUCCACAGUGACUCGACAGUCCUCUGAGUCUGAGGAUCAGCAGCAUCAGCUCCAUCUGUGACAAAUAACCUUCAUUUUACACAUAUAUUAAUGUUAAAGUGCCAAUCAGGACGGUUUUCAACAGGAGCGUGUGGACGUUACAUCUGAGCUCCGUCUCUUCUGUCUCAUUUUCACACUGAUGAUUUAUUCAACACCUCCAUAAUAAACAGUCAUUAACUUUUAUCCCCUCAGUGUUAACAGGCUGUCAUGGCGAACUUAACAUGACUGAUAUUUUUAUAUUUAAUGAUGUAGUUUGAUUUGUUUGUGCAUGUUGUUUGUGAAUGUGAUCAUGAAGUGAAUCAUUUCAUCAUAUUUUAAUUAAAAACUGGACCUUU